AUGGAGGGCGACCGCUUGACCGGCGGGGACAGGAGGGACGAGGACGAGGCCAGACCGGAGGCGAGACCCGGAGGGGCGACCCUAGGCCUGACCACCACCGUCGCCCUGGACACUCUGCACCGCGACGUCAGACGCGUUCUGCAGGAGUACGAGGAGGACCACAGGAGAAACAAGAGGUACAGAGCCUGGCUGAAGGACACCCUGCACCACCGAAGCCAGUACACGACCCUCUGCUGGACCUCCGCGAUCGCCCUGCUGAUCAACGCCGUUAUUCUCAUCGUUGCGUUCUUCACAUUUAAUGAAACAUGGUAUUCAACACUGCCGUACGAAGGACUGAUAGUCUGUUGUUUAGUAGUAUUGAAUUUUAUCCUAGUGGUAUCGGAUAACAAAUUACGACACGAGGAAAUUCCUCAAAGAGUGAAAGUUCUUCUCGAUCAACUCAAUGUCGCGCGUGCCACGUGCCAAUGGAGAUCCGAGAACUACCCGCAUCUGUGCAGUCCGCUGUCCCCGUGCUUGACUCUGCAGUGGACGUAUCGCGACGGUGAGGUGGUCAAUCUGCCGUGGGCUCUACUAGUGGCCGGUGACAUAAUCGUGAUGAAGCCGGGCCAGCAGGCGCCCGGAUAUUGCGUGCCGUACAACGUGCGUGACCAUACCCUCUUCCCAACUCAGUAG